AUGCAAUGGCGCGUGCUGCCGUCGCUACAGCCGGAGAAGAUGAAGGAUCUGCGGGUCUUGCUCCUCGGUGCUGGCACCUUGGGCUGCGGGGUGGCUCGUGCGCUCAUGGGCUGGGGCUGCAGGCGGAUGACCUUCGUGGAUGCGGGCAAGGUGUCCUACUCCAAUCCGGUCCGGCAGAGCCUGUUCACGCACAGGGACGCCGCAGAGGGCCGCAAGAAGGCGACUGCCGCUCGCGAGGCGGUUGAGGCCAUCCUGCCUGAUGCAGAAGUCGCUGAUGUUGUGCUGGACAUCCCAAUGCCCGGUCAUCCCCACCAGUCGGCGGAUGUUCUGCGGGCCAACCUCGCAAAGCUGCAGGAGCUCAUAGACACGCAUGAUGUUGUGUGCAUGUUAACUGACUCCCGAGAGUCUCGGUGGGUCCCAUCCUUGCUCGUGGCCGCACAGCAGAAGGAGAAAGAGACUCCGCCCCUGGGGCUCACGGUUGCGCUCGGCUUCGAUUCCUUCUUGGUUUCCAGGCAGACCUACAAGAGCGCAGUGGCUGCCUGCUACUUCUGCAACGAUGUCACCGCUCCUGCCGAUUCCCUGGCGUUCAGGACUUUGGAUCAGCAGUGCACGGUGACUCGCCCCGGCAUCUCGGGUUUGGCGAGCAGCGUUGCUGUCGAGCUUCUGGCAGCCCUAACACAACACGAGGCGGGCUUUGCAGCCCCCUCUUGGACGGGACUGGAGAACCUCUACAGCUCCCCUUUGGGAGGGGUUCCGCACCAGGUUCGCGGCUACGCAGCCGAGUAUACUUUGUCUCCCGUGGAAACAGAGCCCUUCUCACGCUGCAUCUGCUGCUCCCCUCAGGUGCUGCAGCGCUUCGCCGACGAGGGGAUGUCCUUCCUCGAGAAGGUCAUCGCGGAUUCCUCGAUCCUGGAGGACCCUCCCUACAUUAGCAGCAUUGGGAGUGAUGGUCCCAAGUGA